UAUGAUUUGAGUUCACAAAAUGUUAUUUCUGGUCUCUUGAAACUAUGCUCUAAACUAUAUGUUGGAACUUUUAAUAUUCGAACCUUGUGUCAGAUGAGAAUCUCGCACCAUCGACGUGUAAUGCGUCUCCGAAACACUCAUACAGGGUCCAAGUACAGUCAUUCAUCUGACCACACCUUGUCAGUAUAAAGAAUCGGGACGAUUUGCCCUACAAGUGACUGGAGACCCUAUUGCUAGUUCCCGUGGCGUCGCUGGUGUAGGUUUAGCAUUAAAUUCCAACUUAAAACAGGCUUUCCUAGACUGGAUUUCAAUAAACAUUCGCUUGUGUUCUGUCCGACUAAACGAGACAAGAAGAACUCGAUAACCUCAUAGAUGAUAUCAUCAUCACACUAAUAAAGUUGUAAGUUCGAUUUCGGAUCAAACACAUCCUGCAAAUCUGGACAGACGGUGUACAUCUCGAACUCUUUGGGUGCGGUAAACGGACAAAGUGGCUAACUUAGUGGAAGAGGAACUCAAACGACCUAAUCUCUAAUCCGAUGCAUUCAGCAUCGCCGGUACAGCAGCGACAUGGACAUGCUCAAAUCGCAUUAUCCUAUCUGUACUUUGUCUUCGUGUCAGCUCUGCUCACUUAUCUGUUUAAUGGAUCGUCCCAUUAUGAUUAUAAUUAUCAUAUUCUCAUCAUUAAAUUAAUUUCAUAUCAUCACCUAACGUGGAAUUAUUAUUUUUGUUCGUGCUGACAUUGGAUUAUGACAUAUACGCAAUCAUAUCACUCACCGAACAAAUUAUAAUUUUAUGAACAUUCCAUUCACGUUAUAACAUUUGAAACUCACUGGACUAUUUUCUAUUAUUCAAUAACGUAAAACUUUCCUGUCUUGAGUUCUUGUAUUUGGCUUUUGGUUGCUACAUUCUUUCGUCUUCCAGUCUCUGGCACACAUAGUAUUGUAGGUGCAACGAUGGGUUUUAGUCUUGUUGUUUUUGGACUCAAUGCUAUUCAAUGGAAAGGACUACUCAAAAUUGUUGGAUCAUGGUUUCUCUCACCUCUUCUAAGCGGUUUGGCAUCUAUCGGAGUAUUUUUCCUAAUGCGUUUUAUGGUGCUCAGAAAAGAAGAUCCUCUUGAACCUGCACUUAAACUUAUCCCAGGUUUUUUCGGCACAGUGGUUCUGGUCAAUAGUUUUUCAAUAUUUUACGAAGGACCUUCACUGCUGAAAUUCGAUAGGAUACCUCUUUAUGGAAUAUUUAUAAUUAGUUGUGGUUUAGGUAUUAUCACUGUUCUACUUGUGAAGUUUGUUUGGGUACCUUUGGUUCGCCGACAUAUUUUAACUGGAGAAUCGAGUCGACAUAUUUUGAAAGGCUAUUUUUCCCGUAAGAGCAAAAAGAAAUUGUCUGUCGCUGUAGACGAUAAGUAUCAAUCUGUUGAGGAUAAUAAAUCUCCCAAACUUUCAAGCAGUAAUCAUGAAUCGAUUGAUAUGGAUACGUAUGUACCUCAUGCAGAGGGAGAGGCUGUGAUUGGAUUUCGAAACAAUGUUGCCAGAGGAAAUACAGAUGACAAAGACAAACUUGGACGAUUUACUACUGAAAAUAAUGGUGUAUUGCAGGGAGUAGAAAAUCAAAAUAAAGUUUCAAGUCAUUUCGAAGUGAAACCAAGUAACCCAGAUGAAACAGUUCAUAAAAGAAAUCAGUUAAAUAGGGUUUUGGAUUAUUCACCAAAUGAUCAAAAUGCCAUCACGGAUGGUAGUCAUAAUUUAACUAAUGGUAAAAUGAAUGUAUCGUUUCCUCCUAACCUGUCUACAAUUGGUGAAGAACCAGAUCCUGUCGAUUCAGUCAAAGAUCGUCCUGCUGAAGCUCAAGUUUUCUCUUCUUUACAAAUUUUAACAGCUGUUUUUGGAUCAUUUGCUCAUGGUGGUAAUGAUGUAAGUAAUGCUAUCGGGCCGUUGAUUGGUUUAUGGCUUAUUGCCACAACACAAUCAGUUGAUUCAUCGAAAACUACAGAUGUUUGGAUUUUGGUUUAUGGUGGUGUUGGUAUAUCAGUUGGUCUUUGGAUAUGGGGUAGACGUGUUAUUCAAACAUUAGGUGAAGAUCUGACGAAAAUAUCACCUUCCAGUGGUGUUUGUAUUGAAAUUGGUUCAGCCCUGACUGUAUUAAUUGCUAGUAAAAUUGGUCUACCAAUAUCAACUACACAUUGUAAAGUUGGUUCAGUCGUAUUUGUUGGACGUGCACGUUCUAGAGACAAUGUUAAUUGGGGUAUAUUUCGUAAUAUUCUAGCUGCAUGGUUGGUAACCUUACCCGCUGCUGGUGCUAUCUCUGCUUUACUCAUGUAUAUAUUUACAUUUGUAGUAUGAAUUUAGUUUAUUAUAUUAUUAUUAUUAUUAAUAAAUAUUUUAUGAUUAAAAAAAUCUGUUUUUAUAAGUAAAAAGAACGAACAGAAUAAACUGAAUCUCACAAAUCAAUAAUGUAACUUCUUGUUUGUAUCCCCAUACAUUUUGAGCGAACUGAUUGAUUUUUUUCUGCUCACUUCUUCAUUUACUUACUAGAUUUCUAUUGUUUUUUUUCUGGUUUUUUUUCGUCUAACACAUCCGCUUGUAAACACAUAUGCACAUACACAGAAUAGAAAAACAGUUACUUUUCUCCCUCGUUAUCAUUACUAUUAUUAUUAACUGAUCUCGUAUUAAUUAGAUAAAUGUUCGUAUUAGUACAAGUGGUGAUGGUUUAUUUAGUUGAUGUUCUGUUUAAAAAUGAAAGUUCCCUUAAUCUCUCACCAUCUUUAUUACGUUCAACGUCUGUCGACAUGGUACCCUGUUCACCAGUUAACACUGUACACAGUUUACUCACAUGCAUACACAUAAACAGAGACAUGGAAUAGUAAAAAAAAACAACAGAUUUGUAGCAACAUCCCUUUGAAUUGUAACAUAAAACAUUAUUAUUUCCUUGUAAUUUUGUUUUUAUCAACUAAUAUUAGUGAAAAAGUUUUUUUCUAUUUUUCUAGUUACUACUUCCUUGAUAAGUUGGUUGUUUAAUGGGAAGUUACUAUUAAUUAAUAAUUUAUGAUGUGAUUCAAUUAAUUAAUUAAAAGAACUUUUGAAAAAUGUUUGUUCAGUUGUUUUUUUUCGCCAAUUUUUAUUAUUAAUCAUAUAAAUUAUGGGAUACAUAAAUUGAACUAAUGA